UCAAGGAAGCCACAUGUUUAGGCACCGUUAGGACUCAUUUGCAUCUGCAUGAAAAGACUGAUCAAUCAAUGUCGUUCCUCUCCCCAGGCUGUUUCUGUCUGUCUGCUUUGGAGGAGGAUACACCAACUUUUCUUUGGCUCCCUGUUUGUCGUGUGCUGGAGGGAAAGGGUUAAAUCACGUGUGUAGCGCAGUUGAGCUCUGGAGCUCAUAAGAAGUGUCAUCUGAAGAGGACAAAGACAUCUCUGCCGUCAUUCAUUCCUCCUCAGCUCCACUGAGCUCUCUCUGAUACUGCCAUUGUUUCUGCUGCGGGACAACACGAUGCAUACUCUCCUGUUCUGCGGCAGCAUCUUCACUCUGCACCUUUUCCUCUGCGCCAAAUCUGUGCCGGUCCAGGAGCGGAGCGGCAGAUCCAAGCCGCUGCAGGUAAAGCCGCACAGCAACGGAAACGUUGGUCUGAAGAAGAGAGGAAGACACCAACAGGAAACACUGAACAAAGAUCACCAUUUGAAGACUGUACUGGCAUCCAAAAAUGACACAGAGUUCUGGAAGCGUCCUCGCUGUGGGGUCCCUGACUAUCCCAGCUUAACGCAGGUCGGCCCCUCAUACUAUGAUCGGAAGAAGAAGGGAGGCCUGAAGAGGGAGCAGCGCAGGAAGAGAUACGCUCUGUUUGGAGGCCGCUGGGAGAAGACUGACCUCACAUACAAGAUUGAGCAUUUCCCCUGGCAGAUGAGUGAGGGCAAGGUGCGGCAGGUCCUCCAGGAGGCCUUCAGUGUGUGGAGCGCUGUCACCCCUCUGACCCUCACAGAGGUCACCUCUGGAGAGGCCGACAUCAUUAUAGACUUCAACAGGUACUGGCAUGGGGACAGCUUACCGUUCGAUGGUCCCGGAGGAAUCCUCGCCCACGCCUAUUUCCCUCGGACACACCGAGAGGGCGAAGUCCACUUUGACUACGAUGAGCAAUGGACAGUGGGCAACAAUGUGGGCACAGAUCUCCUCCAGGUGGCCGCUCAUGAGUUCGGCCACGUCCUGGGCCUGCAGCACUCCCUGGAGCCGGACGCUGUGAUGUGUCCUUUCUACAGCGACUCGUACCCUCUGCAGCUCAGCGAGGACGACAAGAGGGGCAUCCAGUAUCUGUACGGCCCCCCCCGACACAGACAGCCCGACAUGACGGAGACCAAUGAGAUUGACCUUGGAGUGAUGGACGCAUGCAGGACCAACUUUGAUGCCGUGUCCAUGAUCCGGGGGGAGCUGUUCUUCUUCAGGUCUGCGUAUGUGUGGCGCAUCCGGGACGGGCAGCUGCAGGCGGGAUACCCAGCUCUGGCCUCACGCCACUGGAGGGGGAUCCCUGACCACAUCGACGCUGCGUAUGAAGACAAGUCUGGAAACAUCUGGUUCUUCCAAGGGGAGAGCUACUGGGUGUUUGAUGCUGAGAGGAAGAUAACAGGCCCGGAUUCAGUGCGGCAGCUGGGUCUUCCUGUCUCAGAUAUCCAAGCAGCUCUGAAGUGGGAGGAGGACCACGUGGAGAAAGUCUACUUCUUCAAGUCCGCCUCUUACUGGCCCUUCAAUCCGCAGGAGAACCGAGUGGACGAUGUGCGUCCGGGCAGCAUGGACGCGUGGGGGGGGAUCCCCGGAGAUAUUGAUGCAGCUUUUCGGGACAAAUAUGGCUACGCUAACUUCCUGAGCGGGCAGCACUACUGGAAGUUUGACCCCGUGGCGCUGAAGGUUCUGGACGGCUUCCCACGCAGCAUCGGAACGGACUUCUUUGGCUGUUCUGCCUUUUUGUAUAAAUAAGUUCAUACAGAUACAACUGGAACACUUGUGAAGAGCAAUGGCCGUUUUUAAAGCUGCAUCCACAAACAGAACAUUCUGAAUAUUUCGGAAAUAUAUGUAAGGCCAAUAUAUUUAAUUAAGAUGACUCAAAACUUAUAUAAAUACAUCACCUCUAAAAAGUCACUACCCACACGGAAAAAACUGAAAUGUUGACUUUAAUUAAAUGUAUAAUGUCAACAGAUUUCACAUAACUGUAUUACUGCAGGUUACAUGUGCAGUAACAGGCAGUAAGCAUCUGCUUCUUUUGUCAGUUUGAGAUGAUGAGAAGCCAGACAAAGCUUCUCCCUCAGGCUAAAGUCUGAAAACCACUCGGCAAGUUUCCUGAGUGUCCUGCGACCCUCCUGCAGAUCUCAGAGUGACCUCUGAGGGUUCAAAGGUUCAGGUUGGUGGUGACGGCCCAUGCUGCGAUGUGAAGUGUUGUCAGGGUUGUGUAUUUAGUGGAAGCAGGAACCAGUCCUCUAUAAUGUCUGGAGUAAAAGCAUCACAAAUCCAGCAGCACCUUGCUAAUUAGCGGAGUUGGGACAUGUAUUGAGGCUAGAGUUCUCUCAGAGGAUCCAGGCCAGGGGACAUGUCUAACCGCGUCUCAAUGUAAGCAUGUUAUAUUUGCUCUGAAGGACCCGUCUGAAGGCGGGCCAAACAGCCCUGCAUCCUGGCUGCUGUAGGUCUGAACACUGAGAGUGAGAUCACUUUAUUCUCAGAGAUGUUCCUCUCUCCUGGAAACAUUUACAUUAUUCUAAUAUUAGUUUCGUCAGCAGAGCACCAUCAAAGGUGCAACAUAUCUGAAAUGACCAGGGUCUGUGAACACAGCAUCAUGUGGUUGUAGCACCUGAGGUUUUCAAAUCACAUGCCACCACCAAUGAAAAAACCUUUAAUCAAAGUCAGCGUUCCUAUUGUGUGUUACUGGCAGAGCUGCACACAUAUUAUAAUCCUGCAUACCUCUUCAUCUUAUUCUUCCUCUUCCACCUUAAAGUUAAGACCGCUACUAGUCCCGGAGCGUUGCUACGACACGCACAAAAAACACAUUAAAACAAAACGUGCGGAACGAUCGGGAAUGAUGUGCUAGGAUUUGCCUAGCCAGUUUCACGCAAAUCAAAACAAACAACAAACUUUUCCCCAUAGGAAUGAAUGGGUGAUCAAGAGCCAGAAUGACCCGACUUUGAGGUCAUUCUGAUUCCCCAUAUGUGAACGGAGAAAAAACAUAAAACAUUUUAAGCGGCUCUCCAGACUCCCAACUUUAUUGGACUGAAAAUGUUUUUUUGAUAGAUGGAAAGGUUUUUCUAAAAUCACAGUUUUGUGAAACGCUAGCAAUAUUAGCAUCAGGACCGACACCAAGUGUAAGUCACACAGUCAAAAGUUCUCAGAGGGGAAUGUUUUUGUUUUAAAUAUUGUGUUGCAGUUAUGAACUGAUUGGAGGGGAGGAGGGGGCCUCCUCUCAGACAUGGAGGAGCACUCUCCAUCCAGACUGGAUAUAAGUGAUGGAGCGCUCAUGGUACAAUGAGCAGUCGUCCUACAGUUCCUCUGCACCCCUGCUCCGUCCACUCUGCUCUGAGACCUCUGACUCAAUUUACAAUCUUAGGGUUUCAGUCCUUAAAAUCACCAACACAACAAAGAAUAACAAAGACCUUUUUGGGAUAUAAUAGUAAUGAAUAAUGAUGUGAAAAACCGCAGUAAUCACCUCAGGUCAGCACAAUAAAGUUUUAUAAAGUUUUGAUACGUAAGUAAAAAAGAAAGCUUGAGAGAGAACAUCUAACCUAGCCUAGCCAACAUUUUCCAGUCAAGUGUUUAGCAGGAAGUUCUCUUGGUACUGACUGGUGAAGGGUUGGGUUGCCUUUGCUGUUUUUUUUUUUACAUUAGGUGACCUGUCACAUGCAACAGGAGAAGGAUUUUCUUUGACAGUCAGUUUUAAGAGUCAACUUUUGGUUAAUGUAUUCACACUUACUACUCUAAAUUCACUACAGCUCAGCUUCCUCAUGUAAUAGGCCUACACAAAAUCAGAAAAGUUUUUUUUCCCUAUAUUCUUUUAUUCAUUUGAUAAAGCCAUCUAAACGCCUCAUUAUCUGUUGAAGAGCUUUGUUUCAGUUCUUGGAUUGUUAUUGUAUAUUAAUUAUAAAAGCCCUGACAUUGUAUCUUUCUAAGAAAAUUAAAAACCAUAUUAUCGUCACAGACAACAUAAUGUGGUCUGAUACACAUCCUGUGUUUCCAUCCUGAUCAGAGGAAACUGACAGCCCUUCACUUUGGGAUGACUUACUGUAUAUUUUAUGGAUAGUGCAUAAAGUGAAUUUCAUUGGAGAUGUUAUUGUGUGUACUCAGUGCAGGACACUGAUUAUUGCAUGGACUUGUACAAUACACUGGUGUGUGUCCACAUGUCCUGAACAUGUUUAGGAUCUAGUUUGAUGUUCUUUCAACAUGUACUGAUUUCUUUGCCUUCAUAUGGAAUUAUUUAGUCAAAGUAUUUCAAUUUUAU